CGGGCUGCGCUCGUCCCUUUGUGUGCUGGGAGGCCUCGCCCGGCUCUCUGCUGAGAGGGGCAUCAGUGCCGUUUCCAGGGGGAAGACUUUCUUUAACGUGAUUACUUAGAAGUAAUAGUUCCUCAUCAUGGCUGAACUAUCGCCUGAAGAAAUUCAGCUGAGGGCCAACCAGGUCACUGAUGAGUCUUUGGAAAGCACAAGGAGGAUUCUUGGCUUGGCCAUUGAGUCCCAGGAUGUUGGCAUCAAAACUAUCACCAUGCUAGAUGAACAGGGAGAACAACUAAAUCGCAUAGAAGAAGGCAUGGACCAGAUAAAUAAGGAUAUGAGAGAAGCAGAGAAGACACUGACAGAGCUCAACAAAUGUUGUGGGCUCUGUGUCUGUCCUUGUAACAGGACAAAGAACUUUGAGGCUAGCAAGGCAUACAGAGCAACCUGGGGAGAUGGAACAGAGAACUCAGCAGAUCAUGUGAUAUCGAUGCAACCAAGAAGUAUAAAUCAGCAGCAGCCUCAGACUUCUGGAGGACCAAGUGGUGGAUAUAUUACAAGGAUAACAAAUGAUGCCAGAGAAGAUGAAAUGGAUGAAAAUCUUGCUCAAGUGGGAAACAUUCUUGGGAAUUUGAAAAACAUGGCUUUGGAUAUGGGUAAUGAGAUUGAUGCCCAGAAUAAACAAAUAGACCGGAUAAAUGUAAAGGCCGAUACAAACAGGGAACGCAUUGAGCAAGCCAACAUCAGAGCCAAGAAACUAAUUGACAAUUAAAGCCUGCUGUCAUUGUUCAAUGACACUGUCUCUCCAGCUGCAAGCCACCAUAUUCAUGGAUCUGUGAAACUUCUCCUAUUCUGAAAUAAGAGGGGCUGGGAAAAAUGAAGCAGUACCCUUUCUAUAGGGAUUAAUAUUUUUAUUGCUUCCUGUAAACAUGGCCUUGACUCCAAGAAAGCAGCCAAUGUAACUUCUUCCUACUCAUCUGCCUUCACUUUCUUUGAACUGCUCAGGGCUAAAAGUGUUACGGCUUUGAGAAUCUUCUUGCAUGUUUUAUUCCCCCUACCAGUCUCUUUUUUUUCUUCCUGCACCCAAAAUACAGUCCUUUAUUGAAGUUGAACAAGCAGGGUAACCUGAAUUCACAGUUGUGGAAAGUUGGAGAGGGCACUUUGCACUGUUUGAAAUACCUCAUAAGUUGAGUGUCUUCACUAAAAUAGGGACUUGGUGAAUAUUGUCUGACUUGUAUCUCUAGCAGGCUAACCAUAGUUUUACAAUCCAAACGACAUGAUUGGUUUAGGGUUGAGUUUGUGGAUUACAGAAUUGAAGAGGCCCACUACUUGUGGGUUGAGGGCUUUAAAACACUUCCUAACUACACAAACUUUAAUGUAAAGGUAACUAGAGGAAUAUACAGGUUUCUAUUUCUUUACCAUAAACUCACAUCGGUUUGGAGGCCAUGACUAGGCAGUCAUGCUGCAUUGUUCUGAUAAUAUUUGUUGUAUGUAUAUAUACCUGAUCUAAACCCCAUGCACAUGUGAGUAGAAGAAUAUAAAACUAUCUCCCUAAAGUAUUUAUGUGAUGGAAAAUUUUAUGCCCCUCAUCUAAAGGUUAACUUUUAAGUGUUUGAAUGAUGCAUCUUAACUGGAAGAAACUGAGUAGAAAAGCAUGCAGCUUUCUCGCAUCCUGUAUCAGAUUCUAUUUUGGCCAGUUUUCACUGGAGUUCAGUUUAUGCCUUUCUCCAGUGCAAAAUAAUGACUGAGAUCUGGUGCAGAGUUUGCUCUCAGCAGUGACUUUGGGGGAGUUUCUUAAACCUGCUGAAAACAGAGAAGCUUAUUAUGAAACUUCUUUGCCACAAGUCUGGAGGAAGCAGUACCUAUUCAAGAACUGUAUGCUAGUUCUAAAUAAACUAGUUCUAAAUAGAUUCCUGACUGGUUUAUUACUGCAGACUUUGGGACUGGCAAUUGGAGAUAUUACAUGUCCAAGUUGCUUGCAACUAAAAUGUUCCUGUUCUGUUGCAGAAUAGAGGAGUUUCUGACCAGGUGAGGUAAAGCUCUCUUCUUAUGAAGAAAAACAUUUUGGUUUUACUGUAAUAUAAUCAGAUUUAUUCCCAGGACUUUCUUGAUUUUUUUUUUUUGGCAAGUAAAUUACAAGUGACCUGUAUAAUUUUAACUCCACCCAGCAAUAUAUUAUGCCUGUUUUAAAGGUGAAAAUGAUGCUUUGGACUAACCUGUGAUACUCAAUGUUGGAUGGCAAAAAUCUUCAAACCAAAUCGAUUGGAGGAAUAAUUAAAAGUAAUAGCGUUAUGGGGUGGUUUUUGGAAGGACAGUCCACAAGUAUCCUGUAGCCAUUAAUAAUGAAUCCCAGGGCUAGAGAGAUUACACUAAUCUGCUGAAAUGUAAGACAAAGUGUUCAGUGUUUUGUUUUCUUUUUAGUAGAAAUACAGUCAGUAUUACUGGUAUAUUCUCAGUUCACUCACAGGACAACUUGAUAUUUAAAGGAAAAAAAAAAACCACAACCCCCCCAAAAAACUGACCAAAGGAUGGAGCUGCUGCAUGUAAUAAAUAGGCCAGUGGUAGACUGUCUUAUGUGAAUAAGGUAAAGUCAUUUUUAGGGGACUGGAUACUUCAGUAGUGUGUGUUCGCUUCUGUCUGGCUUCCAGUAAUUGUUGGAAAGCUCAUGAAGUUUAAAAGCUCAUUAUCUACCCCAUUAGUAAAUGAAGAUUAUGUGCUUAAAAACACAAGUAGCGAAGAAGUACUUCUAAGAAAAUUGCAUAGUAAAUUUCUAACAAUCAGUUGCAAGGGAAAGCAUAGGGGAUUUAUAUGCUUUUUUUUCCUUCUUAGAAACUUCAGGUUAACUGAAGGGAAUAUUUGCUGCUGGUUGUGAAAGCAAAGUAUACAUAUUUAAUUAUGAUUGUCUCCUGGAACAGAAGACUAAAGUAGUUACCUUAUUCUGCUUACAACAGUGCAAACCUGCUCUGUAGCAUCUGGACAUUCCAAACAUUGGAAUAUUUUUCUCCUUUGCCAUUACGAGUCCAUGUUCUUGAUUUCCCUGAGCUCUAACAACAAAUUAGCAUGUUGGCUGAGAGAAUGCUGUGAUUAGUAUAUCAGAAUUGUAAUAUUGCAAUGAAUACCACAAAAAGAAAUUAUUUCUGAGACUCUAAGCUUGAGUAUUAGCGGAAUAUCAAUACUAUUUUCUGAUGCAGCAAGAGCCAAAUCCAUGAGGGAGUUGGUGCCUUUAUGUCAGUGAACAACACAGUCUGCUUCUUGGAUUGUCUUACUGUUGUCUAUAGAAUAGAUGCUUAAUUUCCGUAUCUAUGGGAUGGAAUCAACACUUGUACAUCUUUGUAUUUCUGAAUGCUAUUAAGAAUGAAGGUUUACAGUUUCUGCUUUUGAUUGUUAAACUAUAUAUUGUGCACAAAAAAUACAUACUUUUAUAACUGAA